CCCUUUUAUAUAUAUAAAAUAUCAAAGGUGGUGUUUGUACGGUAUACAUAUUUUUUUUUUACAUAUAAAGGAUAAUUAUAUAAGCUUUAUAAUUUUUUUUUUUCUUUUCUUAUUUUUUUUUACAUUACUGAUACUACUGCUAAAACGCGUAUUUAUAUGGAUCUAAGUAUAUCAGGCACAUCUCAGCAACAGCUCCCGCUUGCAACACUUCUUCCCCCAAAUGCACAUUACCAUAGCGAUAUUGUGAGUAGUGGAUUAAAUAAUAAUAAAAACACUAUUCCAGAACGCAUUGCCUCAUAUGAGCGAAUACCGACUAGCACAUGGGGACCUUUCACUAUUGUAGUUGUCGUAUUUUUAGUAAUCUUUACAUGCUUUAUUCUUAAUUGCAGUCGAAUUCGACGAAGUGUGGGUGAGAGAAAAAUGGAUAGACUAGGAAGAUCUGGAACAUUCAAAAAAAGAUCGUUUGAAAGGAGACACAAAGAUUUACAAGAGGCAGACCUUGAAUGGAACAAUAAUCCACCUAUGGUUUAUGAAGAAAAGCAACCUACAACACCUGAAUCAGUUCAUUGCAGUAAAAACUCUACGCUCUCUUCCUCUGCUUGGUCAUCUCACUCAACAUUAGCUGCAGCACAAAGUCAUCAUUACAAUGAUAUCAACUUCAUUCGAAACCAGCCUCCUGGGGUGCAAUUAAGGCUGACACUGGAAAAUGCAUCUUCCUCAUCUUUAAUAACUGAGCCAAAUAUGGCGUAUGUUUCUACCAAUAGCUCAAAAUCUUCAAAGAGUAGCAGUCGAUCCGUGAUACCUCAUCAGUCUAAUUUACAAACUCAUCCCAACAAAAUUGGGACGCCAUCAACAUUGGAUUCCUCCAAAAAAUUAGGAGCAACAGACAAUACAAGCUCAUCACUGAUAACAUCAUCAACGUAGAACGUCUUUUCCUGUGUCUUUUCAAUAUUAGAUACUAACACCAACAUCAAGGCUUGUCUUGGGGUUAUUUUCUGUGUAUUCUACUCCUAUAAUUGUUUGGAAUAUAAUCCCUUUUUUUUUUCACUACUAUUCUUAAAAAACUUACUUGGCCAAUGAUACUUUAAAAAGGUGUCAUAGAUAUAUUUAUAUAAACGUCCCUUGAUUCACCCUGAAAGGAAAACAUAAAAGUCAAAAUGUGUAUGUAC